AUGAAGCGGGAAUAUUUCUAUGGACUCCUUGCACUUUUUUCAAUAUUUUUCCUCUUCACUAUCGCUACGAGACCCUUUUUCUACGAUGAUUCAACGACAACAACAACAAUAUCAGGUUAUACUGAAUAAAAUCAGAAUAAAAACGAUUCUUGAAGGGCUGAGGGUGGAAUAUCGCAAUAAUGAGGCGGAGAUGAUAUUGGCGCCAGAGCAAUUCAUUCCUUCUGGGAUCGAUUUGAAGUAUUCCUUGCUGGUAUGAAGUUUGAUCUUUCUUUUCAAUCUUUGAAAAAGUGCUCAUUUUUUCUUAUCAAGGUUCUAAAAUAAAAACUUGUUCUCCUAGCUGAAAAGAGAAAAAAUUAGCAAAAUUGUCCAUGGAGCGCGAAUCCUGAAGCCUCGGCGGCUUUUCCUUCCCCAUAGCAUUUUCAUUGUUUCUGUCAUAUUUCAAAGUAGUUUUCAUAAUUUUUCUCGUUUUUUAUUGUUUUCAGAGUUGAUAUAUUUGAAAAGCCUUACUUGGAAUGAAUUCUUUCCAAGAAUUGUCAAUGGAGCGAAAUUGGCUUGAUAGACUUUUUUCAGUUCCAUGAGAAGUACAACGUGGCCGCCUGUUCAGUUGAGAAAAACAUGUCGGCUGUUCUUUUCGCUAUCUUCUGCAUUUUAUUCAAUCCCGACGCCUUCCGUUCCCUUCCGGUUGAUAAAAGGAACAUCCAUGGAGGCUGGUUUAAUAUAAAGUGGGUACGCACAUGAAAUGGCUCGAAGCGUUGCGGUCGCGUCGCGGUUUGAAGCCGGCUUGACACUUUGGCUUACCUUUGAGAUUUCUAUAUCCAAGGGCGCAAGUAGUUUUGAGUCUGGCGCGUCUGAAAAUGAUCCUUUCGGCUUCCCAAAAGGCUUCCUAAAAGCGUUUUACCACAAAAUAUUUGUUUAGAGCUUCAGUUCCUGGAAAUUGUCAGAGAUGUUUAACUUAUAGUUGUAACACACACACAGGUAGGAGGCCAGUUUCUAGAAAAUAAAAACCAGGAUUCAUAUAAAUUCAUAAUGAUUGAGCUCCAUAAAAGAAAUCUUUGAUCGAAAAAAUAUUAUUCCUAAUUUUUCUCACCUAACUGUAUACUGAGUUAGAGAACUUUCAUCAUAAUUUAGAAGCUGCCAACACGACGAGGACAACUUUUUCCAACACUACGCUCAUCAAGAAACUCUAAUCAAAGUUGAGAAUUUCGAGAAGUUUGUCGUUGUUCGAGAUCCACUCGAACGGUUCAUCAGCGGUUUCGUCAAUCAGUGUUUUGUGUGAGUUUUUUCUGACAACACGUUUUGAGAGAGAUCGAACGCCCUAAAGCAUCCUGACUGCAAGAAAAACAUUGUAAGGCCAAAGAGUAAAGUUUAAAAACGCAAAAGCCUCUUUUUUGUGGCAAUAGACUUACUAGGAAGUGUUGUAGGCUCCCAAUAGGACUUCUGAAUGAAUGAGACUAUGCUCACUAGAUGUAGUUUUUCAUGCUGAUUCCAUAUCUGGUCUCAAAAAUUGCCCUCAAGGCCUGUGAAAAAAGUUAGGGGCUCUUAAAAGACGAAAUGUUUUUUGAGCCCAUCUUUUGAAGGUUUCCCUGGUCACGAAAGAUCAUUAAAUCUUUUCCUUGGUAUUUUUUUCACAAAUCUUUUUAAAACAAAUUUGAAAUAUAUAAAAAGCCUCUUUUUAAGCUCUCAAAAACUUGUUGAACUUAAAAUCUUGGUAAUGAAGAUGUUACGAUAAAAAAAUGUGAUAUAACUUUUUAAUAUACCAAUUUUGGUUUCUUUUCUUUUUUUCUCGGAAGAAAAAAAUAAACUUUUAAUUAUAAACUUUGAGGCGUAAAACUCGAAUAAAAGUGGAAAUCCGAGAAAAAUUCCUUUUUCAGUCGGAUUCAGAGAGUUCUUCGUCUAGCCGAUUCUCGUACCUAUUUAUGGCAACAAGUUGUUUUUCCAGGAACUAUCACAGAGGGAACAAAGUUGUAUGCUACGGUUGUGAAGGAGAUCUGAAAUGCGUUCUGGAAUGGCUGAUGGCCCGGCUGCAGGCAUUCUCCCAGUCGACCAUCCAGAGGGGAUCCAGGGACUUCUACACGGAGCACUUGAUGCCUUUCACUUGGUUUCUUUUUUCUUCAGAUGUUGAAAAAUCUUGAAAACAAAGUCCAUUCCAUGCUAGCUUUCCAUGUUUUUUCUAUGCAAAAUAUCGUAUACCAUUAGAUGGCAGGUAUCGAAGCGGAACGCGCCAAAAAUGUUUGAAUUCACUCCAAAAUUCCUCAGAAGGGCUGAAAGAUAAACUUGAAACUAGAGAUCAACAGUACCCUGAAGAAAGGACAGAGAAUUCUGAAAAUAUUUUUCUCUGGCGUCUCUAGUCUGACCCUGAUCUUUUCAUUUCAACCCUUCUUUUUUUUGGAGCGAAAAACGCUAAAAAGCUUGGAUUACUGUAUUUUUGAUCCUUUUUCAGAUAUGUUCGAAUUCAGUACGAAAUUGCUUGAAAAUGCUGAAAAAUGAACUUGAACGAGAUAUCAACAGCACCCUGAAGAGACGACAGAGAAAAUGAGAAUAUUUUUCUCUGGUGUCUCUAGUCUGACCCUGAUCUCUCGCUUCUUCAUUUCAACCCUUCUUUCCGAACGUUUUUUUUUUCUUAAUAUUCAAAAUUAGAGGCCUGAAGAGACGACAGGAAUGUAAGAUAAUGUAAUUUUUUCUAGCGUCUCUUGAUUUCAAUGUCUCGCUAUUUCUCUCAAGUUUUUUGGACUUUUCCAUUGAACAGGUCAUAGAGAAGGGUUUUUUCCAUACUUUUUUUUAAAAUUUUCUGCACCCUUUCUAUCAUUUUCCCACUUUCAGGCAUUGUGAGUUUGCCAAACGCAACGAGGCGUUUCGCCGGAUACAGUUCAAUGAAGAAAAUCCAUCGGAAACUGUUGAAGAAGUGCUGGAAAUCUUGGAAAAAGCCAGUGUCGAACCGAGGAUCUUAAAGUUGUUGAGAGAAUCGACAGUUGGUAAGAUUUUUAGGAGUUUUUGAAGGAAAGGGUUAAAAACAAGGUUGUUAAUCAAUCCAUUCCGAAAUCAAGUUUAAUAUUUUCAGCUGUUUGAGUUUGAAAAUUUGUCACAAAAAUGAACCCACAUAAAACUCGUUCACAGACAAAAUUCACCGUUUUUUUUUGGUCUGGCGCCUUUAAAUUGGAACAUUUUAAAGGCCUUUUUCGUUAUUUCGUAACGCUUUGGUUAGAGUACUUUACGAAAUCUUGAAAUUCAACCUCGUCAAAAAUAAAUGAACUAUGAUUAUCAGGAAAAAUGAUCAUUCACACGACUGGCGGCUCCUCGGACCGGGAUCGGUUCAAAAAUCAGCUUCUCAGGGACCCCUACCUUCUCUACCUGUUCAGAAGGAUAUUCUACAGGGAUUAUGAACAUCUUGGAUUCAGUAUGGAUGUUUUUGAGCCUCUGAAAACGGCUAAAAUAUCUUUUGAUAAUGCUACGACCUAUUGGAAGUAUUGUUGUUAGUUGGUGAUGAACUAUUGAUUCGAUAUAUUUUUUUCACUGAAUAUUUUGUCAUAGUCUGUUCAUCGCUAUCUUGAUAUCCUUAGGUUUUUUUAAUAUCUGUAUAAAUAUCUUGUUUUCUCACACUCUCUCGUCUUUCAUGACUUUUGUGAUGCUUAUUUAUUGAUUUUUUUUUUCGUUCAUUUCUCCUCUAUGUUAUAUAGUCGAUUUAUAACAGCUUCACGGAGAAAUUAAAGGCACAGGACACUGGAAAAAAAGCGCUUCGUCUCGAAAUUAAAUUUUUUUAUUUUCUUAUGCUUCUGAAUUGCAGCUUUAGGGAUUGAACUAGGAGACAUAUUUUUUUAAGAUACAUUUUUUUAAAAAAACUUCAUUUGAGGCAUUGGAAGUUUUUUUCUUGACCUUAAAGCACUGAAAUGCCUCUUCUUUUCGAAAAAUGUUAAUGAAAAGUAUCCUUGCGCCUUUAGAACAACCUUUAUGCUCCUUUAAAGAAAUGUCCAUUUUCCUGAAUUUCGAUUCGUUUCCUGGUAUUUUCAACGCUCGAUUUUUUUUUGAAUAAAGUUUCAUAUCGUUUUCCAUUCAAUUCUGAAAAACUGGAUCAUUUUUCCAUUUAAUAUACUUCCUUCUAGAAAGCCUUUUUUUCCAGGAAACAAAACUCGCUAAUAACAAGGUUCAGACGCGAGAAAACCGUUUUUGGGUGGAAACGAUUUAUUUUUGGAACCGUUUCAAGAUCUCGUGAUUUUUGGAGUUGUACGCGUCGGGUACAAAAGUGCGACCAGAUGACGCGAAACUCGAUGACCUGAGAAAGGUGAGCGAAAGUGAUAUUUGAUGAGAGUUUCGUUGGUUUAUCAAAAGAAUGGCUUGUUGGGACGUAGGAAGCGCAGAGGUUAAUAUAAGGUUGGAAAAAGUGAGGCACUAUAUAUAUUUGUAAAAUUCGGGCAGCGAUGCUUAGAUCCAUUCUAAAUGCGGCCAGAAGUUUUUCAAGCCGCUAACAUUUUUUUUUUUCGGAAUCGCUCAAAACGUAGCGUUUCUGACGCCAAAGUUUCAAAUUUGAUCACCAUGAAACAUUUAAUUAAUUAUAUUCCAAGUAAGCGUGAGUAGUUUAAGGUCGGAUGCUGAAAAACUGUUGAGACUCGGAAAAGAUCAAAAAUUUUGAAGUCGAAAGAUCCUGACAAGCUUUCUUUACGCCAACCAGUAUUAUUUUUCGAUUCCUUCUUCUUAUUUCAAAUUUCAACGUUAUCAUCCUUUUCGGUCACCCUUCGUCGACCAUUUGUUUUUACCACGUGGCGAUUUAUAAAACAGAAGGGAAAGGGGAACAUAUUUUCCCGUUUUUUCUCGCCUCGUGUUGAUCAUCCGAUGUCUUCUUUUGGAAUUCUCCGGGGUUUCCUUGACACGAAUCAACUAGACGAAACGUUUCGAAUAACAGAAAGUGUUUGGCGAGGAGUUCAGAGACGGAUUCAGAAGUUCAAACCAUCAAAAAGACAGAUUUUUUGAAAUAUUUUUAGGAAAAAAGUUGAAAUUUGUUGAAAAAGGGCUUGUAUGCUGAAAAGAGUUGAAGAAAGUUUUGUCGCACUUGAAAUGGCUUGAAGCGUCGCGGCCGCGUUGCGGCUUGCUCUCCUAUUUUCUGAUGCUAUCGCGCGCAAGUCGUUUUGAGUCGGACGCCAUUCAGGUCUUCAAAUUGCGAUAAUGGGCUUAGAGAUGAAGUUUCAAAAGUAAGAAAAAUAUUUUUGGUUGCAGAACUUUUGCUUUUUUUUUCAAACUAAUCAAAACACAACACCCUACAGUAUGCAAAGACUUUGUGGCUCUAUUUUCGACCCUUUUUCUGAUAGUUUUCGUAAUUCCGAUUUCUAAAACCUAUUUCUCAAUAUUCAAGACUGAUAGUUCGUUUCUGGAAAAGGAGAUUUCAUCAGCCAAAACUUCCAAAAGAAUCUACCAGAACAAUGUCCAGCCUCAUCAAUCAUCCUGCAAUUUCCGUUCCAAAUCAAUUUUCUUCUUUUCCUUCUUUGAAGAUACGAAGAUUCGUUUUUUGAUGUCGCAAUUUUGCAGAAGAUUUUUGUGGUCGGAUGGAAGAAUUGAGAACCAAAUACACAAUGGUUCGUGUUCAGUAAGAGAAUAGAAAAGACAAAAAUAACUGUUUGGGGAAUUUCGAAGCCUUUUUUGAAGUUAUAGUUUCAACUUUUCAACAACAAAAUCACUCAAAAAAAGUUUUUGAAAGCUGGAAAGCAGUUGGAGGGUUAAAAAUGAAUGCAUAUGAAGUUAAAUCAAGCUUCCAAUAAAAUCAGAAAACGAAUAUAUGCCCGAAAAACUGUCAAUAUGAAAGUUUGGGUACAGGAAUCUUGUGUAGAAUUGAAGAAGAGACACUGAGCGGCCUGAAGAGACAGCAGAGAAACAGAAAAUAUAUGACUUCUCUGGAUUCUCUUCAAGGCGUCGUUGAUAUCUCGUUUUUGAGUUUUUGAGCACUUCUUUUAAUUCAAGAUGCGAAAAAGAUUUAUUUCCAUUGUUGGAUUAUUUUUCUUUAAGAUAGAGACUUUUCACAUUCCUGAUGAAUGAAGUUUGAAGUAGGAUUUUUUUUAGGGUUUUAAAAUUUUUCAAAAGGUCCUCACUUUCGGUUUCCAUGCAUUUCUUCUACGUUGCUUAUCGGGAAUUUUUUUCCAACCUUCCUUCUCUUCCUCAUUUUCUCUAGGACAAAGAUCAAAUCUUACGCACCUCCGUGGAGUGAUCUUUGAGAAUCCCUUCAAUUUUUCAAAUUGUGAAGAAGAUGAAUAGCAAAUUCAACUCUUCACCUUCAAAAGUUGUCUGCGCAGUGAUAAGACGCCGAGAAAAGACGACAUGACCGUCGACGGCGACCGAUCCGUCAAUCAUUUUGGGAAAAGAUGGCCCCAAAAAUAGGCAUCUCACUCCCUUGAAGACGGGAAAAAAAAUGAUGGAAAACACCGCCUCUCCAUCGUUACAGCCAAACGAAUGUACCCGAAUCAUUUUACAUCAUUGGCCGUGUCUUUGAAUGUCGUUCUUGUCUUACUGUACUUCUACUCGGGUUUGGUUGAAGAUGGUUUUGACUUAACUUGAACCUUGUAAGAUCUUGAUUUUCUUGGUCUUCAAGGACUUGAUCGUCUUGAAUCUUGAAUCUUCUAGUCUAAAAGUCUCUGUACGGUCAGGAGCAAUCAUAAAAAAUAGUUUGUUUCUCCUUCGAAGGUCCUGUGAGCUAGAGCUGUUUCUAGAACCUACCCUGGGUUAGGUUGACUUUACUUCAGAUUGAACGAGGGAAACUUUAGUUUAGUGGUAUUUUAUCUACAAAAACUGAACUUUUCCGAGAGUUAGACUAGAAAAACGUUUAGUCAAACAGUUGUUCCACAAGGAAAGAUCCAUUUUGUUUCCUCCUGAAACUUUCAAAAAUGAACUGAGUCUUUUAAUGAUCUUUAAGGACUUCUGGGAUGCCUCAAGUUCUCGGUUUUUGGGCUUCAGACUUAUUUGAACCUAGCUUCAGGUAAAGAAACAUGAACUAGGGCACCAAUUGGCUGUUCUUGUAACUUCAAGAGAAGCUUCGAAGAAUUGAAUGGCUUGAUUAUCUUACUAUGAACCACUAACAUUGCAAAGAAAUGACUAUUUUAUUGAAAAUGAGAUAUUAUCUUCUGGUUUCCUUGGAAAUCACAGUAGAAAUCAGAUCCUUCAACUGAGAAAAUAAUAUUGAUAACCUUUUCAAAAAAGUUUUUUUUUUGAUUUUUUUUUCCUUUUGAUUUCCUGCGAGCAUGCAGCUCCUUUCUCAUUCAUUUUAUAAGCCGUUUUUUGCUUUAAUUUUUUUUUUUCAUUUUUCCGAUUUUUUCCAAAGCGUUUCGAGUUUUCAAUUUGCUGUCACAUCUCUCCUAAUUAUUUCUCAUUCCAGGAUUGAUUUCUCGACGAUGCGGUCAAUUAUAAUCUUCACUUCUUUGAUAAUCCUGGCCCAGGCCAGCCCAUUAUUUCGGUACUUUGACGGCGCCGACGCCAUGGGUAACAUUGAAAAAAAAUACAUUCGAAUAGUAAAUUAUUUCAGAAUCUUCCGAGUUCAGUGAACCCAUUUCUAGGCCAGCGAUCAGACGAGAAAGGUUCGAAAUGGAUAUUUAAGAGAAAUAUUCUCAAUAUUUAAAUUUCAGAUAUCUGGUCGACACAAAAGCAGAAGAUAUCAGUCUUCUGGAAAGUGAUGAAAAGGAAGAUCGCAGUCGUCCUGAGGGACACGAGGUAGGAAUACGAAGAAUUUGGCGGCAUGUAAAAUGGUUCAAUGCGUCGCGGUCGCGCGGCGAUUAAAGUUAAACAUUUAGAAUGAUGACUGGUUUCAACUCAAUAUAAACUUAUUAAGAGAAAAAAUUAUAUCUCAAAAUUUUAGCAACACCGUUUUUUUGAGUUCAUUUUCAUCUUCAAAAAUAUGAAAAAUCUAGAAAAAGUGAUUUUUUUUAACUUUGAGCGUUCAUAACUUGCUUCGAAGAUAUGUUUAACAGUCUUUAAAAUUAGAUCCAGAAUCAGCUUGAAAAAAUUCAUCGAUUAGUUUUCUAUAAGCUGAAAACAUUUUCCGACAAGCUUUCAAUGUCGAAGCGCGUAAGCCGUUUACGGUCUGCCGCAGCCUCCUAGUGACCGCAACGCGUCAAGCCAUUCCAUGUGCGACCAAAAAAAGCAUGGAAUGGAUCAAAGCUUGACAUUUGCGUUGUCUUGAGCGCUUGAGAACGAAAUUAUCCCUCUCUCGAUGGCUAUAGCUGCACCCGACUUUGGGCGACUUUCCUUUCAUGUUAUGAGAUGCCACCGCGCGAAAGUAGCAUUUAGAAGCUUCUAGCCUUCCUCUGUGACAAGAAGUCAAAAUAAGAAGUAUUUUUACACAUGAAUAAAUUUACAGGAAGGCGAGAGAAUCAUCCGCGACAGUGCAUUCCUCUACAAACUCGCCCCACGGCACAUCAAGAUCCUCGAAACGUUGAGAAAACCAAUUUAUUUGCUCUAG